CAGACAGGUUCACAUGCAGCUGGAAACAGACACCGCUGACCUGAAACUGAGGAGGAUAUAACGACUCUCGAUCACUAGGGAUUUUCCAAUCAGGGAAAACGACUGUUGAAGAGACCAAAACUCUGAUGAUGAAACAGUGUGCCAGAAGGCAGAUGACUGAGCCUGUCUUCAGGGUUGCUGUCCUGCUCGCAUUAUGUAGCCUCAGUAUCGGAGUCGAUGUCCACCAAGCUCAGAAAACACCAUCUAUCUCGAGUGCAGCACUUCAAAGACAUAAAAGAGAUUGGAAAUGGGAUAAACUGUAUGCGUAUGAGGAAACACGACCUAAAAACCCACCUGAAAAGAUUGGAAAGCUAGAAAAUACAUUUUUUUCUUCGUCCACAAGAUAUAUUCUCAAAGGAGAUGGAGCUAAAGACAAGUUUGGUGUAACUGACAAUGGGGAUAUUGUUGUCCUUGCAAAGCUGGACCGGGAAACACAAAGUGUCUACAAUCUCUCAGCUUCUCUCCUCAACAUACAUACUGGAGAGUUAGUUGACAAAGAUGAAUCAUUUGUAAUAGUAGUACUGGAUAUUAACGACAACAUCCCCGUUUUCGAUUCUGACCAAUCUGGAUCCAUCAGCGAAUCCUCUAGAGCAGGAACAACUAUAAUGAAAGUAAAAGCAACAGACGCUGAUGAUUCCUCCACUGAAAAUGGAAGGAUUGACUUCAAACUACUAAAUGGCACAGACCUCUUCAAAAUCAAGCCCAAUGGUGACCUAAUAGCAUUGAAAAGUGACCUCGACCGUGAGAAACAGAGUCAGUAUCUUAUUGCUGUUCAAGCCAAAGACAUGCCAGAACACCUGACUGGGAAUUCUGCCACUACCGUUGUUACCAUCAACAUAAAAGACAUAAAUGACAACAUUGCCACCUUUAAGAAAGAAAGAUACCAGUUUACAGUGAAGGAAGACUUGAAACCCGGAAGUGAAAUUGGCCUUUUAGAGGUGGAGGACAAAGACGAGAUACAAAACAAAGAUCCAACAUUUGCGCUACAAUCUAAAUUCAAUGAUGUGUUUGAUAUUAAACGAACUAAAGAGAAAGAUGGAAUGCUAAGCCUCAAAGUGCCUCUUGACUAUGAAAAGGAGAAGACACACAAGUUUAUCGUAAUUGUGGAAGAACACACAGUAUCGAGAACACCUGAUAACAAAGGGCUGUUGAAGAGAACCGAAGUAAUCAUUGAUGUAACUGAUGUUGAUGAACCACCUAUUUUUAACCAAACAGAGUACACGUUUAGCGUGUUCGAGGGCCCAUUCAAGAAUCCUGUCAUUGGAGCUGUUUCAGCAAAAGACCCAGAUAGUGCCAGUUAUAAAAUACGGUAUACCAUUGAAAAUGCAAACUGUCCUGUAGAUGUGGAUCCUGUAAAUGGAUAUUUGUCUUUGAAGAGGACACUGGACAGAGAGCAAGAAUCCUUAUAUACAUUCCAGGUUACAGCACAUGAAGAUGUUUUGAAUGGUCUUAAAUCCUCUACUAUGGUUAGCCUGAAGGUUCUGGACAUUAAUGACAAUGCACCAGAACUAACCAAUGGGAGCUACGUGUAUGUCUGUGAGAAUGAUAAACCUAACACAAUAAUUGGGACUAUUGGUGCCUCCGACAAGGAUGAAAAUUCAGGCAGGUUUCGCUUCACUCUUGCAAGAAAGAGCUCAAACUUUUCCCUCUAUGAUAACCAAGAUAAUACUGCGACAAUUGUGCUGAAGCAAGGAGGUUUCAGUACAGAGAAUUCAGAGGAAUAUGUGCUGGAAAUUGAGAUUGCUGAUGGAGGAACGCCAGAGCAAAAGAGUGUUAACCUGCUGCAGAUUAAAGUGUGCACAUGUCAGUCGGGUCGACGGGUGGAGUACUGCAUGUCCUACGCAAGGACUGGAAUGAGUGUCAGUGCCCUCCUCGCCAUCCUUCUCUGUAUCAUUACCAUCCUGGUAAUCGUAAUCCUCAUUGUGUUGAGACGGCGCUAUCAGAAAGAAGUUCUUGUCACCAAGGCAUCUGGCGAAAUCCAUGAGCAGCUGGUGAGAUAUGACGAGGAGGGCGGAGGAGAAAUGGACACCAAUGGCUACGAUGUCUCCAUCCUGUCUUCUGCCUGUCACGAUAGCAGCUUUCGGCCCAGUGUGGGACCUGCACUUUAUGCCAUGGUCAAGAAACCUCCUGCUUGUAAGGGUGACAUGGCCAUGAUGAUCGAGGUGAAGAAGGACGAGGCAGAUCGUGAUCGAGAUGGCAUUCCCUAUGACACAUUACACAUCUAUGGCUAUGAGGGAACCGAAUCACUAGCUGGUUCCCUCAGCUCUUUGGACUCGUCGUCCAGUGGGUCUAACCUGGAUUAUGAUUUUAUACAUGAGUGGGGACCUCGGUUCAGGACCCUGGCUCAGCUUUAUGGAGUAGACGGCUCUGAUUCGGAUAGCUCCUACUGAAGUCCAUGGUCAUCAUCAGCUUGAUGGAGACUGUGGUUUUCUCUUCAUGGGAAUUUUAGUAAGCAUCCCAUGCUACCGCUUUUUGAAAGAAAGUGCCAAUAUGUGUUUUUCCUCCAUGCAUUGUUAUAAUGAGCACUACUGUAUUUGAAAUCUACAAAGAAUAAAGGGCCAUUCACACCAAGGAUGAUAACUAGCGAUAAUAAUAGUGAUGUCAGUCUAUAAAUCAUUUUAUGAAAGAACUGAUUAAGUUUUUCCUUAAUCAUUCAAGGAAGAACAGCAAAUUUUACUCCAAAAUAUAAAAUGAAACUGGGACAAAAGAACAAUAUUUGACCACCUGGUGAUUGACAAAAUGACAGGCAGUCAGAACAUAUCUUAUCCUUGAUCAUUAUUGAUUGCAAGCUCAUUUAACACACAUUUACAGUACUACGCACAGUUAAAAGAUUUAGCACUACAGACCCCUAUUUAUGAUAGGAUUCAUGAUUGUAGUUUCUAAAUUUAUAUCAAGAGUCUACAAUUGGCAAUUAAUUUUUUUUUUUUUGUAAAUAAUGUGUAUGUGGACCAAUUAUUAUGCAAGUUUAUUUAUAAACUAAUUUUGAGAGUGGCACGUGCUUAUGAUUGAUCACAGUUGGUCCUGCAUUAGCUAACGCAUGAUUCACCAAUCAGAUGAUUAUUAACUCACUA